AUGAAGGAUGGAUUGAUCAGAGUCGGUGGUCGUUUGGAAAACUCCAACUUCACUGAGGAUCAAAAACACAAAAUAGUGAUCCCAGCCAACAACAGAGUGACACGUUUAAUAUUCGAAGAUCGACAUCGAAUGCUCUUGCAUUGCGGCCCACAAUCAUUACUAGCGGAAGUAAGACGAAUUUACUGGCCGUUAAAGGGACGAAUCUUGGCAAGAUCAGUCACAACACGGUGUGUUCAAUGUAUCAAGGCCAAACCAACCUUUUUACAACCACUAAUGGCACCGCUACCCAAGGAUCGUGUUCAACGCCACUGUCUAUUUUCCGUGUGUGGAGUAGAUUUUGCAGGACCAAUAAUAAUAAAGAGUGGAGUUCGUAGCGUUACUGGGUCAAAGGCGUGGAUAGCGGUCUUUGCUUGCUUCUCAACUAGAGCAAUCCACUUGGAAGUGGUAGAGGACCUCUCAAGCAGUGUCUUCGUGGCUUGUUUAGGCCGCUUCAUGGCGCGCAGAGGAAAGUGUAGCAAAAUAUACAGCGAUAAUGACACUAAUUUUGUUGGUGCACAGAAAGAACUCACAAGCUUUAUGACGAGUAUCGAUAAAAAAAUAGCGAAUUGA